AAUUAAAACGAGUUCUAGUUCUAUUCAAAGGAAAGCUCUGAUCAAGCUAGAGCUACACAAACCAAUAAAUUAAACGAAAGAUCAAAUUAAGGUAUGCGUUCAAACCAGCAGAAACCGUUGCAGUCAAAGAAACAGUUUGAAGAUCAGUUACAGGCACAGUUUGAAGAAUGUGAAGUAAAGCAUAGAGACGAGAAAGAUGGGCAGCACAUUAUUGAGUUUCAUGUACCACCAGGAACUACGAAGGAACAGAUAAAGUUAAAGAUGGUCAGAAAUGAAUUGAUUAGGGUCGAAUGGACGCCGAAAGGGGUAACGGAGCCCUUUAAGAGAAUUCUAUCCACUCUUCAAAAUUAUGACCAUAACAAAAUUACAGCAAUUUUUGAAAAAGGCGUUCUCCGUAUCACUCUACAACAUAAAAUACCACCGCCGGCUGCUGCCAUUGUACAAGAUCCACCGCAACCCGCACAGAGCGCUCAUACAAGUGACCAAAAUGAUGAAACUGUUAAAAGAGGAGUUGAGAAGGAGAGUGGCGCCGGCGGCAGCGGCGGCCUUGAAGAUGUAGGUACGAAAAGCAAAAGUACCCGUGAAGAAGAAGAAAGCCGCCAUACCGGAAUUCCGACGGCGGCAACCAUGACGACGACAGAAGUAGCCGGUUAUAGUAGUGCAGCAGCAACUUAUUAUGAAGUGGCAAAAGAGCUGAUAAGGACUCACCGACAGGAAAUAUUGAAUGUGGCCGUGGGUUUGGCGAUACUUGGCAUUAGCAUGUAUUUCAUACCCGGCCGCCGCCGCCAUGAUUAGAUUCAUCGAUACGGUGGAAGCUUUGGCGAGCCUAGCUAUUUAAUAUCAUCUGAGGAAUUAAAGCUAGUUAUGAUUCAACAUAACGUACUUUAAAACAUACGUAUAAAUUGUAAGCGAAUAAAUUUAAUUACCAGGCCAGCCAAUUCAACUGUAUAUAUACGCAAUACGCAUGUGAAUAAUGUCAUUCGAUCAUUUUAUUCGAUAAAAGAGAUGAUCCAAUAUAAAUUGCAAUUUGUAUAUUUAUUUAUGAGCACAUUAUCAAUCUUAUAAUUGGUUGAAAGGUGUUCCUGCACAUGAGUAGUGUAUUGCUAUCUUCCAAAAUCGAAACAACCUCUCUGCAAAUUAGUAAUACUCCCUCAUACU